CCUUCGAAGCACCACGCCGAGGUGUUCAUCCUGAGGUACUCCGCGUGCUGGAUCGUCUCCGUCGUCGUCGUCAUCGCGACGGCGGCGUACGAGUCGUGGGGGAAGUGGGGGUACAUGUCCUACUGCGGCGCGUGCGCGGCGCCCGCGGUGCUCUAUCCCCUGAUGUUCCCGCUCCGAGGCGACGUCGGACGCCCGCUGAGGGACUGGUACAUCCUCAAGGCGAACGUCUGGAUCGGCGUUUUCUCCUUCAUCGGAAACUACUGGUACACGCACUACUUCUACGUCGUGCUCCGAGCGAACUACACGUUCGACGCGCACAGGCUGAACGACGUCCCGAUCGCGCUGUACCUGAUGACGCACGCGUACUUCAUGUUCUACCACGUCCUGUCCAACGCGGCGCUUCGUAAGAUUCGGAGCAGGUACCGGCCCGGGCGCGGUCGAUUCGCGUUUGAGUGCGGCGCAAUCGCCGCGAUGAGCUACUCUACCGCGUUUAUGGAAUCGCUGACGAUCUGCGGGUUCCCGUACUACUCGUUCGAGGACAGGGACAUGGCGUACACGCUGGGCAGCGCGUUCUACGGCAUCUACUUCCUCGUCUCUUUCCCGAUGUUCCUCAGGGUGGACGAG